AUGCGACGAGGCUGGUUCUCGUUGCUUGGGGUGCGGCGCCAUACGAGGAAGCAGCCUAAUCUACCGUAUUCGUGUAACAUAAAUUCUGACAUCGUCGACUCGGGAAAUGGUACCCGCAUUCGCUGCAACAUGGAAGUUGUUGAAAAGUCUGCAACAUGUAAGUACAGAGCUGGGAGAACUUUGCAACAAGUCACCCACCUAACUGCUAACCAGCUGACUAAUCUCCUGGGAAAAAGGAGCGCUAGACUAAAAGAAGAAAUCCUGCGUCGAACUAUUCGAAAGAAUUACGAAUGUUCAACACAGUAUCACAGCAACAGCACCUCAGGGCGUCGCUGCCUGAACAAAUGGAGGCGGCAAACAGCACGUCAACAUGGCUCCCAUGUUGUUAAAACCUUGGCUACACUAAUCCCUUGUAAUUUAGCAAUCACCGCACCUUCUGCCAAUGAUCUAGGAAAGCGGGAAAACGACUGCUUAAUAGCAGGAAAUUCUAACCUCAUUACAGCGACUUAG